GCUCGCCGUGACAACAUGAAUUCUCCUGGCCGAGCGGUGCAGCGUCACCCCGAGUUCCCCUUCCACCGACUGAGGGACGCUUCGUCUCGUCUGUCCCGCAGGGACAGCUCCUUCCUCUCUGCAGCGUCCCAGAACCAGUCGGCUCAGACGGGCGACCUCUUCAGCCAGGACGUCUUCAACCAGCUGUUCGACAUGCUGGACCAGUCCUCCCUCCACUCAGUCCAGCCCAUCGAGCUGAACUUCAGGGACGGUGCGGCCGGCGGCUCGGCGGCGAACACCAUCCAGAUCAGCAUGGACUGCUUCAUGCGCCAACCGGACGACCCGCUCGCUUCCCAGUACACCAACCUGGGGCUCCUGAACAGCAUGGACCAAAGCAUCCAGAACGGAGGCUCCACCUCCACCAGCCCCUACAACAACGACCACGCCCAGAACAGCGUGACCGCCCCCUCGCCCUACGCCCAGCCCAGCUCCACCUUCGACGCCCUCUCCCCCUCGCCGGCCAUCCCGUCCAACACCGACUACGCCGGGACGCACGCCUUCGACGUGUCCUUCCAGCAGUCGAGCACGGCCAAGUCGGCCACCUGGACGUACUCCACGGACCUCAAGAAGCUGUACUGCCAGAUCGCCAAGACCUGCCCCAUCCAGAUCAAAGUGCUGACCAACCCGCCGCAGGGCGCCGUCAUCCGGGCCAUGCCCGUCUACAAGAAGGCGGAGCACGUGACGGAGGUGGUGAAGCGCUGCCCGAACCACGAGCUCAGCCGCGAGUUCAACGACGGUCAGAUUGCUCCUCCCAGUCACCUGAUCCGCGUGGAGGGAAACAACCACGCCCAGUACGUGGAGGACUCCAUCACUGGGAGACAGAGUGUCCUGGUUCCCUAUGAACCGCCUCAGGUCGGGACAGAGUUCACCACCAUCUUGUACAACUUCAUGUGCAACUCCAGCUGCGUGGGCGGGAUGAACCGACGCCCCAUCCUCAUCAUCGUCACCCUGGAGACCAGAGACGGACAGGUACUCGGCCGUCGGUGCUUCGAGGCCCGGAUCUGCGCCUGCCCCGGCCGAGACCGCAAGGCCGACGAGGACGGCAUCCGCAAGCAGCACGUGACGGACGCCACCAAGGGCGGCGACGGCUUCCGCCAGGUGUCUCACGGCAUCCCGAUGUCCACCAUCAAGAAGAGACGCUCCACGGACGAGGAGGUCUUCUGUCUCCCGAUCAAAGGACGGGAGAUUUAUGAGAUCCUGGUGAAGAUCAAAGAGUCUCUGGAGCUCAUGCAGUUCCUGCCUCAGCACACCAUCGAGUCGUACCGGCAGCAGCAGCAGAACCUGCUUCAGAAACAGACCUCCAUGCAGUCUCAGCCCUCCUACGGCUCCUGCUCUCCUCCUCACGGGAAGGUGAACAAGCUUCCGUCGGUCAGUCAGCUGAUCAACCCCCAGCAGAGGAACACGCUGACCCCCUCCAGCAUGGGAGGAGGUCUGACUGACAUGACUCCCAUGAUGGGCUCUCACAUCCCCAUGAACGACAUGAGUUCACUGAGCCCCACUCACGCCCUGCAGUCUCAGCUCCCCCUGGUGCCUUCCUCCCACUGUACCCCCCCUCCUCCAUACCCAAUGGACAGCAGCAUCUCCAGCUUCCUUAUACGGUUGGGCUGCGCAGGCUGCUUGGACUACUUCACAGCACAGGGCCUAACCAACAUCUACCAGAUCGAGAACUAUAACAUGGAGGACCUGUCCAGGAUGAAGCUCCCCGCCGAGUUCCAGCACGUCAUCUGGAAGGGCAUCAUGGAGCACCGGCAGGCCAUGGACUUUUCCCCUCCUCCCCACAUAGUGCGCACCACCAGCGGGGCCUCCACCGUCAGCAUGGGCUCCUCCGAGGCGCGGGGCGAGCGCGUCAUCGACGCCGUGCGCUUCACGCUGCGCCAGACCAUCUCCUUCCCGCCGCGCGACGAGUGGUCCGACUUCUCCUUCGACCUGGAUUCCCGCCGCAACAAGCAGCAGCGCAUCAAGGAGGAGGGGGAGUGACGGGACGACCCCACCCACCCACCCACCGCCCCCCCUUUACCCCGCCCACCACCACCACCACCAACCACGCCCCCCCCCCCCUCCCCCGUCUGUCAUUUCACGCCUGCUGUCGGAACAUUUCUCUCACCCCGGUAUGAGUGCAGAUACCGAUGAGGAGUGCACUUAUUUUACUUAUUUUUUAAAUUGUUGUUCUCUUAAAAACGGUUUCUUGAGAGCACUUAAGAAAUGAUCCAUUCCCGUGACUGGAGGGCUUUUUUUUUUUGUUGACUUGUUGUUAUUCGGGCUUGUAUUUCUGCUAUGGGCCUCUUUAACGCGCGACACUGCCUCAGGUGGUCGACCACACUGGUUUAAAAAAAAAAAAGUCACCAUUGAUUGUAAACAUUUCAAACGUUUGCUGUUCAAAGUAUUAUGUUCUUGUUUUUCUGCUUCUAUAUUUUGCUUUUUUUCCCCAGAGACAGAUGGUCAUUCAUGUGAUGAUUCUACAUAUAUACACAUACAUAUAUGAGUGUACGUGUGUAUAUAUAUGUGUGUAUAAAGGCCUGACGCUCACCCAGUGUUCCACAGUAAAAUGUUUGACUGACGUUCGUGUUUCAUUUGAUAACUGGCCAAACGCUGAUAGAAAUGUAUAUAAAUAUGUAUAGAUCCUUUUUUUGUUUUUAAAGUCUCCCUAAAGAACAUGAACGAAUCACCCCGAUGUGAAUAUUACUCGAGUCUGCCCGGUGUAUAAGUGUAUUGAUCACCGAUCGGUCAACUGGCGGCGGAGGCCUUCUGCAUUUUCAUAUUUUUGUACAAUGUUUUGUAAAUAUGUCGCAAUAUGCUGAGGGUGUUUUGAUAUAGAUCUGAAUAAAUAUCCAUAUUGCUGUAUCGCA